GCGACAGCUUCUUCAAUUCCGUCCACAACAAUUUCGACCAUUUGAACUAUUCAGAUCUCAAGGUUAUUCCUAGGCCCCGUCUUUUGAACUUGUUGUGAUUACUUCCACUAUCUUCCGGCCUUCAGGCAGUUAGCACCAAAUAAUGCUUGGUAGAGAUUGAUAUUUAAAAUAUGGCCGGUGAAGAAUCGAUAAAAAUUAAAUUAAUCCUGUUAGGAGAUUCAGGUGUGGGGAAGACAAGUUUAAUUCGUCGAUUUGUUGAUGACCGAUUUACACACAAUGAAGCGGCGACGAUCGGUUUCGAUUUCAAACCAUAUCAAAUGGUUGUAGACGGAAGAACAAUUCAGUUUAAUAUAUGGGAUACAGCCGGUGUUGAACGAUACAGUAGUUACUUGACUCCUUCGCUUUACCGCCACGCUCAUGGUGCUCUUUUUGUAUACGAUGUUACUUCCGCACAAAGUCUUUCCGGAGUGAAAUACUGGGUAGAACAAACCAGACAAUUCUGUGGUAGUCGACUUUUAAAAAUGCUUGUUGGCAAUAAAAUUGACUUGGAUAAUCGCAUAGUUUCAAAAAAAGAAGGUUCAGAUUUCGCUCGAAGUAUGGGGUCAAUCUUUGUUGAAACCAGUGCAAAAACAAGUGAGAAUGUCCGUGAUGCCUUUGUAGAACUUGUUCGUAAAAUACUUCAAGAUCCUGAAUUCCUGUCAUCAACGUCAACGUCACAACCACCUCAAGGAGUAUCCUUUGAAUCUACUCAACCCAGCUCAUCAUUAACAUGUCCUUGUUAAUAUUAGAGGGAAAUUCACAAGAACGCCGGGAAAUACAUUCAGAUAAUCUGAGAUCAAAUACAAUCGACAAUAAACCAAUCAAUCCUGCUUUAAAAUGCAAAGAAAUCAACUGCACAUUUUUUUAAAUAACUGUGAUUUUACUUAUUCGUAUAUUCAUUCUUCCAUCGUUUUUUAUAUAUACAUAUUCAAUAAUAAUCUAAUGUAUUGAACAAGUGCUUAUUCGUAUGAGAACGCCGUGCUAUGAUAUAACAUUACUGAGUUAUAUCUCUUUUUCUUGUAAUUAAAUUGAUCAUAUAUUUUUGUCAUUAUCUUUGUUCAACAUAAUAAAAAUUAGACCAUCCUUUUUCAUGAAAUACUUGUGAAGUAUGAAAAAUCAUUCGAUGCAACAUAGAAUACAUAUUAUGAUUCGGAUUUGGUAUACAAGAAUUAUAUUUACUACAUCCUUUUUAAUGUUAUC